GAUGCGUUUAACGUCACCCAUGUGAUAUCGUCUCAUUUCCCUCCCUACUCCCCUCGCCGAUUCCACCCGGUCGCCGCUGUGACCUUCCGCUACGCUAGGAUAGUUGCUGCGGCCUUUUAUUCUCUCCACGGUUCGGACGAUUACACAUUACAGAGAAAAAGAUUUUCUUGGUUUGAGAGGGUUCAUCACUUCUAUGCUGGUGCGCUAAACUUUUUGGGGAGUUUUCAGGUUGUUUUGUGCUGGAUGAGCUGAAGAUACAGGAAAUGCGAUUGUUUCCAUUUUCUUCCUGCAUAGAUGAAUCGCGUGCAGGAAAAACUGAUGUAGAGAAUAAUCAAGUGAUGCUGUUCCUAAAUGUAUAUGACCUCACUCCUGCAAACAAAUAUCUUUAUUGGUUUGGACUUGGAUUCUACCACUCGGGUAUAGAAGUACACGGCUUGGAGUAUGCCUUUGGAGCUGAUGUGGAACCAACAAGUGGAGUGUUCGAGGUUGAACCAAGACAUUGCCCUGAGUAUGUCUUUAGGCGCUCAAUUCUUCUGGGCAGUACUGAUAUGUCCCGCUCAGAAAUUUGCUCUUUCAUGGAACUUAUAGCAGACCAAUAUCAAGGGAAUACAUACAAUUUAAUAUAUAAGAAUUGCAACCAUUUCACGGAUGAAGUUUCUCAUUGUCUAACUGGAAAUCGUAUACCUGGUUGGGUCAACAGAUUGGCUCGAAUAGGUAGUGUUAUUGAGUCUGUGCUUCCUGAAAGUGCCCAGACCACACCGUUGAGACAAUUAACUGAAAGCCAAACAUACUCAGAUUGGAGUGAUUCGGAUGGAUCAUAUGCAACAGAUGAGAGUGAGACGGAGGAUGUUGAUCAUCAUGUGCUUAUCUCAGCACAUGGUAAUGUGGGACUUUCAGAUCGACCGCAACUGUGGCAAACAAAAAAUCGUCUUUAAUUGUAUGUAUGUUUGUUUUUUUUUAUCUUUGUACAAGUAAUAUGUAGAUCUCUAAUGUAACCUGUAGGCAUAUAUAGUACAUCUGAAAGUUGUUUAGUGCCCUCAUUUUUGUUAGUCAAAUACAAGGUUACCAUUCUUGUAUAUCCUCGGCCAUGGUUCUGAAGUUUAUGAAUCAGUUUGGUUGUUCAUGGCAUCUCAUUCUCAUCUGGAGUUCAUAGCGAGUUUCUUGAUUGAGCGUUGAGGUGAUAUCCGAGUUACUCCAACCUAUUAGUUUCUUAAUAAUAGAAUAACUUAUGAUUGUUCAAACUCUUUUCUUUUUCCUGCUGCUGACUGCUUUCUUUCGCAGGACUUGCUCCGAGUUUCUGUAUGCAGAAAUCUUACGCACGCCUUCUGUAAGCCGCAUGAAAAUUGGUUUCCUGUCGUAUCUUGGUUCUGGUAUAUGUCUUAAUUUUCUACUGCAGAUGGUGGUCAAAGAGACCAGCUGUGGAUGUGAAAGUUUGGCUCAUACAAUUUAUAUGUAGAUGUAAGGCCUUAACUGUAAGUAGGAGUUUAAUAUCAUCUGAUUAUAUUGUUAAACAGUGCUUUUAUUGAGCAUAUUUGUUUUACGAAAGAACGAGUCCACUAACUUCUGUUUUAGGAUUUAUUUUGAAUCUUAA